UCCUGCCCAUAUAAACUACAGCCGUCCACUCGGGGUCCUUACGGAGAUCUCCAUAAAUCUGUAAUCCUGUUAUUAUCCCCCUACGGUAUAGAAUCGUGAUCCUCUCAGCAGCGCCACGAUGUCCGUAUUCGGAAUCAUCACUCGGCAGAUGAAAAACCACCCCGCGCUGAUCCCGCUGUUUGCUUUCAUUGGAGGGGGGGCCACCAUGUCCAUCUUGUACCUGGCCCGCCUGGCCCUACGCAACCCCGACGUCUCAUGGGAUCCUAAGAACAAUCCUGAGCCGUGGAACAAGCUGGGUCCCACUGACCAGUACAAAUUCUUUGCUGUGAACACGGACUACAGCAAACUGAAGAAGAAUGGCCCUGACUUUUAAGCGAGCCUGUUGAAGUCGAGCACCGACGACUUGCAGUCGUCUUGGCGAAGCAGAUCCGCACAAUCGGCCAAGCCCAAAACUGAAACUCUACAGAUGCAUGAAGCACACCGCACAGUUUGCUUUCCUCUGGUCCCCAUUUUUGAGCAAUAAUGUCUUUUCACCCACAGAAAAUUUUCUAACCUUGUUAGUAUUUCUGGCCGUCUGCAACAAUAAACUAGAGGCAGCCACCUACAUGUACUACAUGA